AUUAUUUAUUUUGGUAAAUCAGUUGGGUGCAUAGAAAUCUGUUAGUGCAAGCUAAGAGGGGAUCCAUUUUUGAGCCUUCGGUUCUCUAUAGGUUAGUACAAACCUUUGAAGUGGGAAUACUACAGACGACUGAAGAGCACAGGGACAUGUAUAAACAUGAUUAUUUUAUGCACUGUACAAUGUAUUUCACCCUGCUACAUAUGUAACAAUCACUAAAGUUCUCGCUCAACCAUACUUUGUUAUUUCUGGUUUUGGGAACACAGGACUGGAAGGGACAUUUUGGGACAUCAAGUCCACUCCCUGCCGUCGCAUAAUCAACUGAAUGCCGUCGCAUAAUCAACUGAAUGACAAUAAAAGACACACCUCAAUCCUUUUUAUCUGAUUUCACUCAGUCCAUUUUAGGGUCUGGUCUAGUCUAAUCAACUUAAGGUAUGUCUAAAGCACCUAGCAGCAUGGCAUCUAAGUGCCAAUCCUGAACCCCUUGAUUAUAAUAAUUAGCAAUUUUACAGGUUUACAUGUUUGAACUAUUUUAUCACUGUUAAUUAGCUAAUACUCAGAAUAUCACUAUGAGGGGGUAGUUAAAUAUUAUCAUUUUACAGAUGGAAAAACUGAGGCAGAAAGAUGAAGGGACUCAUCCCAGGGUGCAGAGCAAAUUAAUGGGUAAACCAGGAUUUAGAUUAAUAGAUUCCUAGGCCAGAAGGGACCACUGUGAUCAUCUCAUUUGGAUCUCCUGUAUCACACAGGCCACGGAACUUCUUCGAAAUAAUUCCUAGAAAAGAUCUUUUAGAAAACCAUUCCCAUUUGAACUCAGAACAUCCUGAUGCUCAGUCCCCCGAUCUUUUCUUCAGAACACACUGCCUGCUUCUGCAGACAAAACCCAAUGGAGUUCAUUGGGAGUGCAGCCUGAGCAAGAACUUCAGAAUUGAACCCCAAAAAUGACCCCGUGCAUGUUGUAGCUUCAUGUCUUCUCAUCUUCGGAGUGGUCAGUAUCAGCUUUGAGUUGGUUUUCCAGAGAAAAAGGACACAUGCAACUGACAAGAGACACCAAGAUUGAACAAUACUUUAAACCCUACAGCAAAGUAUCAAAAUGGAGAUAAAACCUCUUAAUGCUGUAGAUUUUUCCCCCCCAGAAUAUUGGAAACAUCUGAUGUGAUGGAUAAUCUAAACCCAUGUUCUUCCAUAUGGUAGUGAGCCUUAGUUUACAAUUAAAGCUACCUCAUAUCACUCAGCUGAAAAAAAAAAAAAAAUCCAGACUGAAGAGAAUGUGGUAUAGGUAAUUUCUGUUACUUAAUCAGGGCCUAAUUCUAUGUCCAUCGAAAUAAAUGGAAAGACUCCCAUUGUUUUCAGUGGGCACUGGAUGUGCUCCUAGCCCAGGGUUGGGCAAACUACGGCCUGGGGGCAACAUCCGACCCUUCAGACAUUUUAAUCUGGCCCUCGAGCUCCUGCCAACCGGGAGCGGGGCUGGGGUCUGGCCCCGCUCUGCGCAGCUCCCAGAAGCAGCGGCAGCAUGUCCCCCCUCUGGCUCCUAUGCGUAGGGGCAGCCAGGGGGUUCCACACUGCCCCCACCCCAAGAGCCACCCCCGCAGCUCCCAUUGGCCAGGGACCAUGGCCAUUGGGAGCUACAGGGACGGCACCUGCCAACGGGGCAGCAUGCCGAGCCACCUGGCUGCAUCUCUGAAUGGGAGCCGGAAGGGGGACAUGCUGCUGUUUCCGGGAGCUGCUUGAGGUAAGCACUGCCUGGAGCCUGCACCCCUGAUGCCCUCCCACCCCCCAAACCCUUUGGUCCCAGCCUGGAGCACCCUCCUUCACCCCCAACCCCACCCCAGAGCCCAUAUCCCCAGCUGGAGCCCUCCCCCCCACAACCCAACUCCCCAAUUUCAUGAGCAUUCAUGGCCCACCAUACAAUUUCCAUACCCAGAUGUGGCCCUCAGGCCAAAAAGUUUGCCCACUCCUGUCCUAGCCUAACAAUUUCAGCUGCCCCAUUUUUAUUUUAACUCAAGGGGGUGAUUUUUGAAGCCUGUGAAAAUGGAGAGAGAAGGCCAGUCAUGUUAUAGAGAGGACAAGAUUCCCCACAGAGAUUUGAAGGAUUUGAAAACAUUUUAGUAACUUUAUAUAUACACACCUCACCCAUUGCCAUUGCAAUGGAGGCAGUAGCUAGGCAGGUAAGGUAUGGGGGCUGGGAGGGGAAAUGCAGGCCUACAUCCGCAUAAGCAAAGUCAGCCAUUUAAAAGGAGGACUAAAAGAGAUUUGGUCUCCUGUCCUUGGAAGGGAGAAGGGGAGAGAGACUAUCCAAGUGCAGGAACAGUGCCCUUCAUCAGCAUAUUCCAUGCUGCUUGCAUUGGCAUGGGCCUCCUUUGGUUAAAUCUCUGAGACAGAAAAUCAACGUCAGUCAUGCCUGAAGAUUUCUCUCCUCUCGCGUGUGCCUCGGCCCCACAAUACACACAAGAAAAAUGUUGGCAUUUGCCAUCCUAUUUUCCACCAAAUAAUUCGGGUGAAUUAAAUGCAAACAUCAUAAAACCAGACAGGUUUCAACAUGUCAGGGUGCUCAAUCUGCUGUAUCGCCACCUUGGGAUUGUCUAGACUAGGAUAAAAACAAUAUAUAUUUUAAAACAUGUUAGCUCACCUACGUUAAUUAAACUCCAGUGCAGACAGGGCAAGUUGUUUUUUAACCUGUGUUGGCUGGUUGAGGUGAACCCUAGAAGGAGUUAUUAGCAAUAGAGAUGAUUUUGGUCUUUGUGGCAAACACAGAUUCCAUGCAGAUGCACAGAGCUGAUAUCACUGCAAUGGAGGCCCCGUGAUACACUGGAAACUAUGCCUGUUUUUAAUUUUGCUUGGCUUACAGGAUGAAAAGUGUACAAAUAAGAACCUUUUCUCUUUUGGGAGCCUGGAGUUCACCUCAGCCCAUUAAAGUGUUAAACAACAGCUUGCCCUCUCUGCUCUAGAGUUUUAAAAUCAUAUAACCAAAGGGUUUUUUAAAAAUACCCCUUUUAGCUUAGUGUCGACAGGCCCCUUGUCCUACUGCCAAAAACUUCAACAGUGUAUAUGAGAAAAAAUAUUCUUUCCUGACCAACUCUCCUCCAGAUGAUCAUUUUGUACCCUGAAGCAUGAUGUUUAACUACCUGUAUGUUUUAGACCCUGGUGUCUGGCACCCAACUCCAUUUUGGUAUGUGAAAAAAUGCCAAGUCAGCAAUGAGCUACUCAGAUGAAUACAAAGUUGUUGAAAGUGAGGAUUCAGGGAAGCGUAACUAAACUUCCUGACCCCUCCUUCCAAGUCUUUUGCUCAGGAUGUUCUGUGAACCAGGAAUAAUGUAAAAUGACAGCACUGGAGUAAGUCACUUUGUUUUUUCUACAUUCAUUCCACAGCAGAUUUACUCCUUCCUUCACCAGCGCUUCCCCUUCCACAUCUGCCACAAUUAUUGCAAUUCCUUUCCUCCCCCAGGCCACAUGUCACAAGCACCUGCCAAUCCUGAUGCAGCAGCACCGCACAAAGCAUGUCUAGUGUUACAGCCUGCAGGUUUUAGUAUCUAAUCUGACAGCUGUAUUUAGAAAGCGAAUGGACAAUAUUUAGUUGCUCUUCUGUCUCUGGAUUUCACAAUGGUGCAGGCAAUACUCUUUCCUCCAAUAGUGUAUGUUUGUGAUCUUUUUCCUCACCUGUGAUUUUUCUCUAAGGCUCUAUUACCAUUCACAGCCAUACCAGUUUGGGCUGCACUUCUCAUCAGCUCUCGAGAGCAGGACUAGGCCAUGUCAGCAGCUGCACGAGGAUCUUAAAGGAACCCCUUAUUUGAGGAAAUGUUGUUGGUGAGCGUAAAAGCCAUGAUGGGUGGUUCCUCCACCGACAGUACAGAAUUUAGGAGAAGAGCAUGAGUUUUGCUUAGAACAAGGUAAACUUGAAUCUAUAGAGACUGGCAGACUGCCACAGUCAGGAACAGUUGAGAGUUACGCUUAAAGAGAAUGCAGAUGCUGCACAUAUGGGGAGAAAUUAAAAUAGCAGUACAGCUUCUCUUAAUUUGUGAAACUAACUGCAGCAACCAAAGAGGCAAACCACAUGAAGUGAAAUUAUGAAGUGGGAUUCAAUGGCAUCACUAUCAAAAGUGGGACGAUGUGGUUAGGAAAUGUGUUAGCUACCACUUGUGAGCAUGCUUUUAACACCUGGUUUAAACAGAGACAUCAUUUAAAAACACUAUCUGGUGGUGGGGCCAACCAUUGAGCCAGUAAUCACACAUUUUUAAAGGUGUUAAGUCUGUCUAUAUUAGGUGCUAGCAACACACAUUUUAAACAGCACUUAAUACCUGCUAGCUAACGUGUCUUAAAAAAUAUAUUUUUCCUAGUCUAGACAAGGAAAAUGUAUAUCCUGGCCUCACACAGCUUAAUGAAAAAGGGAGGGUCCGGGAAGGUAUGAGAAAGUGGUCUUUUCUCCAGAAUGCUAAUUAAUCACUGACAUUAAAUAGCUAUUCACAAAAACAGACAAAUUCCCCUUCCCAUCUCAAUUACUCAGGUUUCAGGCUUCUGUGAUAGCCUAAUUUCACUAAUUCUUCAAUUAUCAUAGAUCUUUCCAAGGGCAGCCAAGGCCUACAUUUCAAUGCUUAAAAAAAAAAAAUCCAAAAGUCAACCUAAAAAUCCUUCCAAGUCUCCUUAUUCCUCAUAUAGAAACCCUCCACCCCCUUAUGCAAGGGACCUUUAACGUGGUCGGCGAUAACGUUUGUAAAUAUUCCGUGCCUCAGUUUCCCCAACUGUAAAAUGGGGCUCAGGCGCCUCACUUAGCUCCCAGGUAAUCUUUAAAAACCAACUCCCCUGCACGGCACGUCCUGACCUCUGCAUCGAGCCAAGGCCCCUUCGCAAACAGCCUGGUUUCCACGCAAGGCUGCAGAGAGCCCGCAGCUGCCUGAGCAAACGGCGCCGGGGUUCCCUCAUCCCCACACGCCUCGGCGGGACCCUGCACCCGGCUAGGGUCCCCUCCUGCCGCAUCAGCGCGCGCUGCCCCCAGGCGGCCCCGCACGCGCUGCGUCCGUGCAGACUCGCCCGCCGAGCCAGGGCCGGCCCAGCCCCCGCGCCCACCGUGCAGGCGGGCACGUCCCCACUCGGGCUCUGGCCCAGCGCGCUCCGCCCUGCCGGCCGCACGUCAGCCGCGGAGCCCUAUUUAUAUCCCCCGCCCCUCCCCCCGGCCGCGGCACUGCAGUGGCGGCGGGGCGCGGGCCGGAGCAGCGGGAGGGCCGUGCAGUCUUUGCGAGUCCAGCUCCCAGCACUACAAGAUGUCUGUUAAGGAACUUCUCAUUCAAAACGUUCACAAAGAGGAGCACAGUCAUGCUCACAACAAGAUCACUGUGGUUGGGGUUGGCGCAGUCGGCAUGGCUUGUGCAAUCAGCAUCCUGAUGAAGGAUUUGGCGGAUGAACUUGCCCUUGUUGAUGUCAUAGAGGACAAGCUGAGAGGAGAGAUGCUGGAUCUCCAGCACGGCAGUCUCUUCCUUAGAACACCAAAAAUUGUCUCUGGCAAAGACUACAGUGUGACCGCACACUCCAAGCUGGUUAUCAUCACAGCUGGCGCGCGCCAGCAAGAAGGAGAGAGUCGUCUUAACUUGGUCCAGCGCAAUGUAAACAUCUUCAAAUUCAUCAUUCCCAACAUUGUCAAGUACAGCCCUGACUGCAAGCUGCUCGUCGUAUCAAAUCCAGUUGAUAUUUUGACCUACGUGGCCUGGAAAAUCAGCGGCUUUCCUAAACACCGUGUUAUUGGUAGCGGCUGCAAUCUGGAUUCUGCCCGUUUCCGCUACCUCAUGGGAGAAAGACUGGGUAUCCAUUCUCUAAGCUGCCAUGGGUGGAUAAUUGGAGAGCAUGGAGAUUCUAGUGUACCUGUCUGGAGUGGGGUUAAUGUUGCUGGUGUCUCCCUGAAGGCUCUGCACCCAGACCUAGGAACUGAUAAAGACAAAGAGCACUGGAAAGAAGUCCACAAACAGGUGGUGGACAGUGCCUAUGAGGUGAUCAAGUUGAAGGGAUACACAUCAUGGGCUAUUGGUCUCUCUGUGGCAGAUCUAGCUGAAACUAUUAUGAAGAACCUAAAGAGGGUUCACCCAAUUUCUACUAUGGUUAAGGGCAUGUAUGGAAUACAUGAUGAUGUCUUCCUAAGUGUUCCUUGUGUGUUGGGAUAUGGUGGCAUUACGGAUGUAGUAAAGAUGACUCUGAAGAGUGAGGAGGAAGAAAAGCUAAGGAAGAGUGCAGAUACACUUUGGGGAAUCCAGAAGGAACUGCAGUUUUAAUUCUUAUGUCCUAGAACUUCACUUCACUAUACAACAGUAUAGUGGAUUUGUCUGUUGCACUUUUCAAGUAGGUCAUGUCCUUUGAUGUAGGUACAGACUAGAAACAUGUAAAGCUAAAAUCUAUGAACAACUCAGUUUCCUGAAAUUAGAGUAGGAAACUAUUCCUAGUCACCAAAACCUGUAUUUGUAGCCAGAGGUGGAUCACAACCUAGUAAUUUACGGUUAAGUGGUGUAAAGUAGAUCUAGCACUCCUUGUAAAACAGCACUGCCUAGCAAAAUCCUCUGCCUUUUUCUCAGUUUAAUGUCAGUUCAGAAGAAUAUAAUUGGUUUCACAACUGUGUAAUAAAUGUAGAGACCAAAGUAUUUCUUGUAUUACAAAAAGGAUGGGGGCAAACCAACGCUGACCAACUUUCUCUGACUGAUAGAUUAAAGAUCUCAACUUGUUGCAGGUCCAAAUGUAUUUUCCUAACUGCUUUGGAAUCUCUGUGCAUACCUUUUCCGGAGAACUUAAUUGUUGUGUACGAUACUGGAAUAGCUGUAAAUCUGGUUCCUAAAAAUGUAAACCAGGACUGCUGUAUACAACAAGUAAAGGCCACUGCAAGCAUUCAACUGUACCAGCCCUAACACCAAAUAAACCAUGAACUGCUA